AAAUUCUAAUGCUAGUACUGCCGAUAUGUUGACUGAGUGUGUCUUGUUUUGGCCGUAAAUCGCUUGACAAAAUGGCAUUGUGGAGCGACGUUGAACUUCUGACCAACGAGGACACAAACACAGUCCGUUUCGACAGUGUGUCGAGAGAGGAGAAUGGGAGCGGUUUGUACCAGGUGGAUACGCUGGUCAAAAUCUCCUCCAGCAAUCAGGGGCAUGCAGAUCCACGGCUCUUGUCCUCCAGUGGUUCAAACUGGAGUAUAGUUGCUGCUGACAAGACAGUGAUCCUGUUUGAUCAGAGUUAUCAAACCAUCCUCCUUCUUCUCCACUUUGAAACUGAUGUGGAUGCCAUUGAUGUAUGCCUGCAAGGCCAGUUUAUGGUGGUGUGUGAAAGAAACGGAAACCUUCAUUUGAUCUACGUGCCGCACAAGAGAAUCCUCCUGACCAGGGCUUUGGUUGAGAAACCAUCCAAUGAAGACAAAAAAACAUAUCGCCAUCUUUUCAUUGAUGAGGACAAGUCAUCCUCAGGGAUGCACCAUGUGUUCCUUCUCAUAAAAGAUGGCUUUUUCCACAUUACAAACCUGGCUUUAGGAAAGAUCAAGACAGCAAUCGAAACGAUGGAUAUUGGAGUUUUGAAAGAGCUCCAGAGUCUCAUCAAAAUAGACUUUUGCUCUACUAACGAUUACCACGAGGAGGGUUGCAGCACAGCAGUGAUGUUCAAGCUGGGCAGUGAAGUCCACCUUAUGAUUGGGGGGGGCCAAGAAAAUGCUGUGACUCACUGGAAAAUGGAUCCUCUCAAGGAAAAAAUGUGCUUUUCUCAGUCAGUCAACAACAGCUUGAUUCAUGGUGUGAGGAAGAUGGUGGUGGUGGACAAUCUUUUGUAUAUUCUCGACACUGAGGACGUUCUGAGUCUCUGGGACCUGCACUUCCUUGUCCUGAUUCACUGCUGGCCAGAUCUUGCCAUUCAUGACUUUGAACUUACCACAGAGUGCGGCUCUGCCUCCAUGGUGGCGCAAGACAAGGGCAGCAUGAAGAUGAUAACACUGGCAAAGCAAGACAACAGUCAGAUCAGCUCACUGCAAAUAAGAUGUCUGCCCUCAAUGACUGUUUGCUACUCUCUGGAUGUGUCCUCUGUGUCCUGUCUUGUCCAGAUGAAAAUAAACAUGGAUUCAAUUUAUUUGGUUGAGGGGAUUUGUGAGAAGCCAGAAAGUCGAGGAGAGCCUGUCGCUUCUGUUGUUGUGAGGUGUUUCACAGAGGCUUUGCCUGAGAACAGACUUAGCAGACUUCUUCACAAACACAUGUUUGAAGACGCCGAAAAGUUUGCCAUCACAUUUGAGCUAGAUAUCGAGCUUGUUUACAAGGUAAAGCUGGACUUUGUGCUGGAGCAGCUGGCCUCAGCAUCAGUGGGCGGCUACGGACAGGAAGUGUGGUCGGAAUUGGUCGAAGAGGCUAAGACCAACCUGAUGAAGAUCACAGAUGAGCACUAUGUGGUGGAAUAUUGCCUCAAGGCUCCGUGGCCAACCUUUGAGACGGCGGAGAAGAUGCUUAACCACGCCGCCUCGCGAUACUCUUCCCUACAGAUCCAGGAGGCCUUGGCCAGGCUGGCAACAUUCUGCAGCCUUCAUGGCUUGGAAAAUUUCAAUGGAAUUGCCUGGAUUGAGUUUCUGAACAGCACUGACAACCUCGGAGACAUAAUAACCCAUAUAAGGGAGGGAGAUUUGAAAGGUGCCCAACUCCUUUGGCUAAGACAUGAGGGACAGAUUGCUGCAGAGUUUGAUGAAAGCAGUCUUGAAGCCAUGCUUAGUGCCAUCCCAGAGGAUGUCCCAUCUCAAGACCUCUGUUCUUGGUUUAGGUCCGUUUUUGUUCCUUUUGUGAGAAAAGGGCUCCCGGGAGGACAGAGAAUCCUGGCAAAAUGGCUUGAACAGAAGGCGAGGAAUUUGGAGCUCACUGAGAAGGGCUCUUGGCCUCAGAACGGGCUUGACAUGGCAGUGCUUGGACUGCCAUGUUUAUGGACCUGGAUGAAAUCUGUUGAUGAUGAUAACAUAGCAGAGGAGGUUGAGAACCUCAAGUCCCUCGUGUCCAACCUCCGCCAGCUGUUGGACCUUCACCGAAAAUACAACUGCAGAAUGUCACUUUCAGUGUUUGAGAAGGGAAGUGUUUGGAGUGUAGCAUUUGUCAUGCUGGACAAAGUUCCAGCUCCAGAACUGAUUGCUGCCACAGUGGAAAACAGCAUCCUCCCAUACACUGAGGAGCACAACAUCCCUUUAGAUGAGUUACUGCUUCAAUACAUCAAGGAUUUAUUGGAGCGCUGCAGUUCUCAGACCACAACGCUUUUCACAGAGUGGGAAGCCAAAUCCGUGGCUGUGCUUGGCUGCAUGACUGACACAGAUCUGAUGGUGGAUGCUGUGCUGGAGAUCAUGCAGAAGGCUGUUGUGCCCUGGAGUACCAUGGUGGAAAAACUGGUUCAGGAGUACUUGGAGAUGGAGGGGCCAAAACAAGAGCUUUUGAAAGAGAGCUACCGUCUGAUGGAGAUCCGGAAACUGCUCAGGGGCUAUGGAAUUCGCAAUUUCAACCUAUCCAACAGCACUCAAGUCAUGACGCUGAUACGAUACAUCUUAAAACAAGACUUGCCUAUGUCUCUCGAGGACUCUCUGACAUUAGCUGAGGCAUACAAACUGCCAAAGUCUCAUAUAAAUUACCUUUAUCUCAUCCAGUUGAUAAGCCAAUCCAAGACUGAAGAGACUUUAGCAGUCCUAAAGCGACUGUCGUCUGUAGAAGCAGAGUGUGUGAUUGAACGUCUCACAUCAUGGGCUCGACUGCAGCUGGAGGACAAAGUCCACAUAUCCGAUGAGCACAAGAAACAGCAGAUGGUCGUAGCUCAAGUGAUGGUGGAGGUGCUUGAAUACCUGAACAUAAUCCAAAAACAUGAUGCUCUGAAAUGCAUGGAAUGUGAGAGCAACCUCAUCAUGUUUAAGGCUAUUUCCCACUUACAGGAGGACUUUGAUGUUUUCUUUACCCCGUCCAACUAUGAGGAUCCCUGCAUCCGAAAACAGAUCCAGGAGCAUCACAUCACAGCCUAUGAAAACACUCGAGCUCGUCAUUCAUCUAAGAGCAAAGCUUUGACAACUCCGGUUGUGGCUAAUGAUCCAGAUGGCAAGACCAAGACCAUCUCCACAGAGGCUGGCUUACAGCGGCUCGGAAGGCAGCUGCGGCGCACCGAACAGGAACUCUGGUCCGAUUUGGGCCUUCGAGCUCUGAGAGUAGGGAAAGUUGACAAGGCCCUCAAGAUUUUCAGUGAACUGUAUGAGCACCACUACAACAGCAGCACUGGGAAGGUUUUGUUCACAGCUGCCAAGUCAUUGUGCGAGAUGCUGGAGGCAGAUAUUCCCAUGGUGCUUCCAAAUGGCAUGGACCUUCCAGCAGUCAUCCAUGAUUUGGCCUGUCAGGCCAUAACUGUGUGUUGCGCGGAUCUGCUUCUUGACUGCCUGGAACUUUGCAAGUGCACGCGGAUAGCUAUGGAUGUGUAUCAUCAGUGUCAGUUAUCUGAUGAUUAUGGCUUCAUUGCCAAGGAUUUGACUUUGGAGGUGGAACAAGAUCCCUAUUCUCAGUGGAGUUUUCAAGACAUUUUUAAUGAGGAUUGCAUUGUUCUGGAUCCCGUAUCUGUGCUGCCAGUGCAAUAUGAAAUCACCAACUGCAUGCUGCCUAUUUCACAGGAAACCAAACUGUAUCCUCUGGACUGCUCCUGUCUGCCACACUGUUCAUUUGAAGAUGGCUCAAACUACCUGCAGGUCCUCCUCGGUCCCCUCACCAAUAUGUUGCAAAUGCUACAGGAGUGCAGUCAGUUGGAGCUGGCCCUCAGAGUGCUGGUCAACUCGUACGGCAGCUGCUUGCAGCAUGUCACCUCUAACAUUAUGGACACAAAGCUAAGUAUGCAGCUUUAUAAUCCCCAAGAUCUUAAAAAGUACAACCAGUGCCUGAACCAUCUGCGAAAGACAACGACGUCCAUUCUGAAUGCUGUGGCUGUGGCCCUGUUGAACAAAGUGUUCAACUGGAGGAUGGUGGAUUGUGAUUUGGCCAUCGGUCUUUGCACGCUCCUCUCCAAAACGGAAGUCUUUAAAAUCCUAUGGAAGGUUAUUGACAACACUUGGCAAAACUAUGACAAAAUUUUGGCUGUGGCAAAGAUCGGGGCUAAUCUCUGCUCAUUAUACGAUGAAUGGGAGGAACAGAAGAAGUUUUUCUCUGUCAUAACCGAUGCUGAGUGGGGCAUCAAGCUUGGCAAAUUGGAGAUAUCGAUCCAGCCUGUCUUUCGGCAGCGAUCUGAGAUGAAAAGUAGUCUGAUCCCUGUUUUGGUGAAAAACAGGAAGAUCACUCCAGACAUUAUCCUCCAGUACUGCAGUACCUAUGGUCUGGACCGUGACCGUGUCAUCAACCAGUACAUCACAACCUUGCUGCUGCUCCAAGAGGAUGAAGACAGCACAGGUAUCCCUGACUCAGGCCAGGAGGAGGUGCAGCCUCUGUGUCAUGUGACUGCAUUGGAACGGGUCCUGCAGAUUAUCCCAAUGUUGCACAGCACCAGCGAGCUCACAGACAGUCUCUGUGCUGCCAUAUUUAAGCUCAGCCCAUACAACUAUGAGAGAAUCGAAGUUGUUCUAAAGAUCAUUCAGGCUGCAGAUGAGAAUGUAUCCACCUUAUCUGUUAGUCAGGCGAUGGGGCUCUUGCAGCAUCUGAAGUCCUACAAGCGAGUCUCUCCCGCCUCCGACGUGGAGAACAUCUAUCUUCUUGAAAAUGGUCUGCUGCCAAACUCCCUGUCCAACAGUAGACUCCCCUUCCACCUCUUGUUGCAGACUAAGCAUUACUGGAAGAUUAUCUCACCUGAACUGAGUGAGGACACCUUCCCCACACUACUUCUGAUUAGCAAACUGAUGAAGGUGAGCCUUGACAAGUUGUACAUGUCGGCUGUAAACCAUGUGUUCGAGAAAAAGAUGAAGCCUUUACUCUUGGAGAAAAGAAAGAGGGGUCAGACUCAUUGUUACAAUAAAGAGACUUUCAAAGUGGCCAAGACGAUGAUGAAGUAUAUCCAGUGCAUCCAGAGCCUGGAGUGGGCAGCUGCCACCGCCAACAAAAUAACCCAGGAGCUUCCAGCAGGCUACGAGAAAACACAGUCACUAAGGUUCUGUUUGGCUCUUGGAGAAGCAUGGCUUAAAGAUCCAAACCUAGAGCAGGAGGAUGCACGGGCCCGAGGGGAGACUUUUAUGUCCAAGCUGAAGCUGCAGUUUCAGCGCACCGCCACGGAGAAUAUGCUGAUGACCAGCCAGCUGAGCAGCCCAGAGCUCCUGAAACUGACGGGGCUGCCAGCCAGGCUCAUCGUGGCUCUGUAUGAGCACAGCAGUGUGGAGCAGCGUUACCGGGAGUCAGCAGGUCAAGCGUUUCCUGACAUACAUGCUGCGGUGAAGGAAAUCGCCACGAUUAACAGUGUGGAUCUUCUAAAAAUUCGGAACAUGCUGUUAGAGAAAUGGAUCUGCAAAACUGGCCCAGCUGCAGCCAAGGACAUAGGGAAUCAAGACUGUGUCACCAACAUUGAGGAGGACCCAGACUUAAUGAGGGUGGUGUACAUGCUGCAGUCCUGUCCAGUGGAUGAUGCUGUCCGUCUUCUGGGUUCUGUUCUGUCGGCUGAAACUUGGCCCCUCAGCUCAUGUGGACCCCGCCUGACCUUCUGCCAUCGGACUCGAGCGCUUCUUUGUCUCAUCCACCUCGCCGAUCCAGCCACCCUGGAGGCUCAGUUUCAGAUCCCAAGGACCAAACUUCUAUACUAUCUGAAGUGCUACAUCUUUGUCUCUCGGCUGGAGGCCUUGAACAUCCCCUACACAGUGCAGUCCUUCGUCAAUAGUCCCAAAGAGGGCCUGGUAAAAGGGCUGUGGAAGAACCACAGUCAUGAGCCGCAGGCUGUCCGUCUGGUGGCAGACCUGUGCUUGGAGUAUGAGGUUUACAACCCUCAGCUGUGGAACAGUAUGCUUCAGAAGAUGUUAGGCUUCAACUUGAUCGGACACUUGCAGAAGGUGCUGGAGGCAACGGUGGCUGUCCCAACUCUGUGGGAGAUUUCAAGUUUCUCCAGGACGUGGAGGAGUCUAAUACUGGCACCUUUUGUCUCAGCCUCAGUUCCACUGAGCCCAGAUCAGCAGGCUACACUCUACCGGACCUUUGUUCUCCUGCUCAAGUGCCCUUUCCUGUUGAACUUGGACUUGAUAGGAAUUGCAAACCGCUUUGCACAGUUCAAUCUGCCCGCCUUUGCCUUGGGAACUCUCCUUCUUAUUCCCUGUGCCCAAAAAAAGGAGCAGCAGAUUCAGGGUUUUCUCUCUGUCUGCAACCCGGUGACUGUCCUUGAGCAGGUGGAAGAACUUAUGAACACCGGGGAAUUGGCAGGGAUCCCUUCACAGAUCAGGGAGACCGUAUUGACAUUUCUAAGCCAAAAUGGGCUGCACCAGAAGCUGAUGGGGACCAAACACUUCAACCAUCUGAAGCAGCUCAUCGUCUCAAAUGGCCAACCUAACCAGAUGAGAGACUUAGUGGAUUAUCUGAUCAGCCAGAACUGUCAGGAUGAUGCUGACUUGCUGGCGUGUGAGUACCUAAAGCACAGAGAGCAUCAGCGAGGGAAGACGCUCGCAGAUGGCUCAGCUGCUCGGGGCUGUCUGAAGGAGUUUCUUAACAUUCAAACCGGAGUAUCUGGAUGAAGCAGCACGAUCUCCUCCUGAUGUAUUUACAGAAUUUCUCUCUUCCGACUUGGGCUUGAAUGCAAUAGUUGUACUUAACCAUUUGUCUUUAUCUUAUCUUUAUCUUUAAUAUGUGAUUAAAUGCUUUUCAGCUUUAGAAAAUGUGUAGAUUAAAUUCCUUCAAAACUUUUUUUUUUCAUUUGCUCCAAACGUGGUUAUUUCCAA